GGGGGCGUGGCUGUGCCCGCAGAUCGCGCCGCUCCCACUUCACUGCCCUAAACCCAGCCUAGAGCAACGCCCCCUUGGCCCGCGCCCUUAUUUUAGACCCCAUCCUGCUCUCGCUGAGUCCUGCCUGCGAGUCUCCAGCUCUCCCUAGGCCAGAGCUCGUACUUUCCACCGCAACGCUCGUCAUAUUGUCCUGCCGCCGCGGUCGAAAUCAAAGUUUUCGAGCCACAGAUUUUCCCCCUUUGCCCGAAUCAUGGCAACGCCUAUGAAGGGCCAAGUGUGCGUGGUGACUGGUGCGUCCAGGGGUAUUGGCCGCGGCAUUGCCUUGCAGCUCUGCCAAGCAGGCGCCACCGUUUACAUCACUGGCCGCCAUAUGGACACACUGCAGACCACUGCUCAGGAGGCGCAAUCCCGCGGGGGCCGGUGUGUGCCCGUGGUGUGUGAUUCCAGACAGGAGAGUGAAGUGCGAAGCUUGUUUGAGCAGGUGGAUCGGGAACAGGAGGGGCGUCUGGAUGUGCUGGUCAACAACGCCUAUGGCGGGGUCCAGAUGGUUUUGGACAACAAGCAGAAGACAUUCUGGGAACGUCCCGCCUCUCUGUGGGACGAUGUCAACAACGUGGGACUCAGGGGCCACUACUUGUGCUCGGUAUAUGGGGCGCGGCUAAUGGUACCAGCUGGCCGGGGGCUCAUCGUGGUCAUCUCCUCCGUUGGGGGACUGCAAUAUCUCUUCAACGUUGCCUAUGGCGUGGGCAAAGCUGCGUGUGACAGGCUGGCUGUUGACUGUGCCCACGAGCUGCGACGCCACGGGGUCAGCUACGUGUCUCUGUGGCCAGGUUUGGUGCAGACAGAACGGGUGGCGGAGUAUGUGACAAAGGGAGACUCCUCUGAGGAUCCCCAAUUUAAGCAGCUUAGCUCACUUUUCUCAUCUGCGGAAACCACAGAAAUGAGUGGCAAAUGUAUCGUGGCUUUAGCAACAGACCCUAAUAUCCUGAGCCUGAGUGGGAAGGUGCUGCCAUCUUAUGAUGUUGCUCGACGUUAUGGCCUUCGGGAUGUGGAUGGCCGCCCUGUCCAGGACGUUUUAUCUUUGAGCUCCGUCCUUUCCAACAACUUCAGGCUAAACUGGCUGGCCUCCUACUUGCCUGGCUUCCUCCGUGUGCCCAAAUGGAUUGUAACCCUCUACACUAGCAAGUUCUAAGCCUCCUUGCCUGACAGCACCUCUCUGCUUUUCUCAGAUGGUCUGGGGAUGGGUUCGCAUGUCUCAGUGGAAAUAGGCAGCCUUUCUAGCCUACCUAGACCCUUGAUUCAAAGAGAAGGAUUCUGCUGUGUGUCCUUGCUGAGCCUAGGGGGCUCUUAUAGGCCCUUCUUUGUGCCUUGAUUUUCCUCAUCUUUACAUUUUACUUUUUGCGUCUGUAUUGAAAAUACCCAAGGGGCUAAUAAAGGUCUCAUUUCUCCUUCAA